AUGCCUACUCCCGAGUCCGAGCAAUUCAAGGCCCAGAAGCCUACCGUCGCUCCCACCUUUAACGGCGUCGACUACGAUGAUACCAAGGCCUUCAAGGCCGCCGAGGAUGCCCUCAUUCGGGAACAAUGGGUCGGCGCCAUGAUGACCCGACUUGUUGGUGAGGAGCUGAACAAGUGCUACGUUCGUGAGGGUGUCAACCACCUCGAGAACUGCGGCCACCUCCGAGAGCGAUAUCUUCAAUUGCUCAAGACAAACAAGAUCAAGGGCACCAAGUUCUUGCAACAAAACUAUGUCGACCAGAAGGAACAAGAUCUUGACCUGGCGGCCAAGGUCCACACAAGCGACAAGAUCGCCAAGAUGAACCAUGACCGAUUCUCUUCCACCUCCAAAAUUUCUCCAGAACCUCGAGCCUUGUCACACUCCAACUACCAACAUCCACCGGCAAUCAUCAUGUUUUGCACUCGGUGCCUGCGCGCCACUGCCCUGCGGCGGUCACAGCCCAUCUUUCGUCAGUUCACGACGACGACGCCUUUCCGAUAUGCCGAGCCCACGCUUUCGACCCCCGUUACGGCACCUGGCGAGACCCUCAAGGAUGCUCCUGCCCCACGAUCAUCAUGUGCACCCGGAACUGUUCUCAGCGGACUGAACUACACCAAGACUGGGCAGGACCCUGUUGCGAAACAUGACGACGAGUACCCAGAGUGGUUGUGGAGGUGCUUGGAUGUGAAGAAGAAGGACGCUGAUGCGGCGGACGCAGACGCUGGAGACGAAUUCUCAAAAUCCAAGAAGCAAAGAAAACUGGCAGCAAAGCGUCAAAAGGCUCAUGAGGCCAAGCUAUUGGCCGAAGGCAACCUUGAAGCCUUAGCUCCCAAGAUCCCUAUCCAGCAGCAGUCUAUCAACAUUCUUGGCGAGGAGAACAAGGGUGUUGAACACAACGUUGAGGCCGCACAAAAGCGAGAAGAGCUCAAGAGGGCGAUGCGAAAGGAGAGAAAGGCCAAGAUUAAGGAGACCAACUACCUUAAGUCUAUGUAA